AAUAUAACUUCGGACAAAACGUAGGCGAGAUGUUUGACAGUUUUGAAAAGAAGCAGCCUACCUUUCGAUAAAAGUCGAUAGUUAAAUGUUUUAACUUACAUUUCAGAUACAUUUGCCAUGUUGUUUAUGUCAAUGUCGUCGUGGUAAAUUACUAAAGCUCAGUUUAGGUGUGUUGUCAGGAAGAUAUCUGGUAGCUCUUUGAAAGGCAUUCAUCUAGAAUUCAAAGAUCAUGGUGGUAAACUCUCCUUCUCCUCUGCCUGAGAGAGCCAUCUAUGGGUUUGUCCUUUACCUAGGCUCUCAGUUUGGCUUCUUUCUGUAUUGCCUGUGGGCAUUCAUACCAGAGGAGUGGCUUCAUUCAAUAGGGCUCACUUACUGGCCUCAAAAAUAUUGGGCCCUUGCUGCACCCAUCUAUCUGCUGGUGACGUUAGUGAUUAUUCUGGUGUUGCUUUUCGGUGUGAACAUGAACAACACGGCUCCACUGGACUCCCUGGACAACAUGACAGAUUUGUACGCUAAAGGCCAGAAGACAACAGACUGCAACAAAGGGGGAAUACCCAGACUGAGAGAUAUUGACAUUAGUGAAGUCAACAGAAUGUUUUAUUUGUCACCCAAGCUAUGACAAACAGAAACACAUUUUAGUUGGAGGCCUAGAAGAAGGAAGGCUGCUGGGUAUUUAAUAUGGUGUCAUUGUUUUCAUCUUUGUUUAUAAAGAAUUCUGCUUUGUUUAUUUACCAAAGAACAAUGCAACAUGGGGACAAUAUGGUAUGUUCCGGAUCUACAUUGGACAAAAUGAUGGGGUAUGUGUGUUAAAAGCAGUAAUAUGUUGAGUGUGAUGUAAAACAAUGUCACCAAUAACUUAUUGUUGGAGCAACUUGUACUUUGGAUGAAAAAUGUAAUAUAUGAUUAUAUUCAAUAAAUCAAUUUGUAUACAUA